AAAUCUGACAUUCUUUCGUAUUUUUGUCAUUUUCCGGAGGUACUUUCAAAAUAAUUAUUACACAAUCGGCCUUAAGCAGCGAGUUGGUAGCAAAAAAAUUCGAUCUACCUGAACAUUUUUUGGUGCAUCUUAUCAACCAUCCACGCUAUCGAACGUAACGAUGACCGACGCAAACCAAUCGCUGGUGAAAAAACUCGGUCUGAAACCGCUGACCAAGGAGAAUAUUCUGUACUUCUAUUUUCCCCUUCAAAGUAUGGUCAGCUAUGCGGCCCUCUCCGUCAAUGUCAUGAAUCCGUCAAUCGCGAUCAGACUGCUACCCAAACGAGACGUGACAAACUUCCUGCUGGUCCACACCCUUUUCGGCACCACGCUGUACUUCUACAGCCGACCGCACAUGGCCGUCGUUCCGAGCCAGCGUCGGGUUGCCUAUAGCAUUUGCGGAUCGGUUCUGUUCAGCUUCGGCUCGGUACUGGUGUGGGCCGUACUACGAAGUGCCGUCCCACGGAACCAAACGCUGGCCACCGUGUUCGGUCUUUCGUCGGGAGUGGCACUAGCCAAGCUGGCCUACGAUUAUCUCGAUAGCAACGAUAAGCAGCUUGUAGCCGGGAAGAACUAAGCGCCCCCCCGGGGGGAAUAAAGUGAAAUUUUGUGAUGCCACGAAAUUUUAGUUUGCUAAAGGUUCCAAUGCUAAUUAUAGGUAGUCGGAAGUAAAAGUUUUUUUGUGGGGGGCAUUUUUUCACUUGAAAGUUUUUUUUUUGUUUCUGACCGCUAUUUGUAUAGUAAAUAGUUGUGUUGAGGCCUGCUCAGAAAUUGUGUCCAUGUUUUGCAGAUUAAAGUUAUUUGAUCAAUCGAUACGAAAUUAAAGCAGAUUGUUUACCUUAA